GAUUGGUCAUUAUUCCACGCUGGCUGUUCCGUGAGUGAGCAUCUAUACUGGUUCGGCAGUGAUCCAUUGGGUAGGCCACGAACAUAUUGCGACACUACUUGAGGCAUUGCGUCCAACCAAAUCUGCCGGAUUUGUAGUCGCGAGUGGACAUACAUACGGUGACUAUAAAUAACGCGCUACGAAGAAGACAUCAGUGUUGUUGAUAUGAAAAGGAAAAUCCAAUAAGAUGUCCCAUCUUUUCGACUACUUUGUUAAGGGCGAUGCGAACAUGGACGUAAGCUCAAUUCUUACUGACGACAUCAACAAUAUGGAUAUCCCAUUAGGAUUCGAGAACUCUGAGUACAUGAGCUCAGAUUUCUUUGAUUCUGUUUUGUCUAUGGAAAAGCAGAAUCUUGAUGUCUUGGAUGACAACCUGCUUGAUGCCAGCUAUGAGUUCAAUUCUAAUGAGAACACUGUGCAGUCCCCAUUGCACAGUGCAGUCUCUUCCUCAGACAACAGCUCCAUGGAUGAACAAAACUUCAAUAUGAUGAAUAUGAACAAUAUUACAUUAUUUGGAAAUGAAAAUAGCGAAACGCUUAAAGGAGACGAUUUCUUAUCUUUAUUCGGACAAGAGCCUACUUUGCAGAAUAACAUAAAUGAUUUGAUUGGUGUCACUAAUCCACCAAAAGUUGUUAUUCGUCAACCUAAUAAUAACACAAAGAAAGUUAUUGUUUCAAAACCAAUAAACACACAAAGUAAAAAGGGAUUCCAACCUGGAAAGAAACAAGUCAUUAGGGUCCAAUCUAUAUCUGGAAAUGGAAGAUCUUUACUGCUGCCGGUCAAUGUGAAAAAUAUGAAAAAGUUUAAAAUCAUAAACGCGAAUGAUUUGAAAAUGGACAGCAUAAAGGUUUUGCCGGCAACCUGUCAACAGGUGAUUAAGAAAGUUGAACAGUAUGCCGCCUCCACUUCUUCGGAGUCAGUCGAUGUUUCAGAUAUUGAGGUUGACAUCGAAAAUCUAGGAAGCGAGAGAAGCUAUCCGCCUUUGGAGUUAACUGCGGAAGAAAAGAGAUUGCUUUUCAAGGAAGGUAUCAAGCUACCGACACACUAUCCGCUUACCAAAAAUGAUGAGAAGGAACUGAAGAGGAUCAGGAGGAAGAUCCGCAACAAGAUCUCUGCACAAGAUUCGCGUAAACGCAAGAAGGAGUACGUCGAUCAGCUGGAAGAAAAGGCUAGGCGUACCGAUGAGGAGAAUGAAAUUUUAAAGAAGCGCGUUAAGUUGCUUAAUAAAGAAAAUACCAAACUUUAUGAGCAACUAAAGAAACUGCAGGAGCUCCUGUUCAGUUCGUCUAGCAAGGCUACGCCUACGACGUGCUUGAUGAUCGUACUGUUCUCUACACUCUUAGUCUGCUUACCGAACAUUAAAACGUCCGAUAAGAGCGAAUUAGAAAUCGGGGACCAACAGCUGAUCUCGGCUAGAAGAGCCCUGUUAUUCAACACACUCAAUAAGGAUGAGGAUGAUCAAAGCCUCGAGGAGUUUUUGGUGUUUAAUAAAGAGGAGGAGAUGCGUUUCGAUGAGGAAGAGAAGGAGAACGGAACAAAUGCGUUCGUUAAGUAUUUAGGAGAUCUGUCCAAGAAGUAUGAGGGUCUCAUAAAGUCGAAUUGCACGGAAAUUCUUCAGGGCGGGUCGCUGCAUGACUUCUGCAAAAAGCACGAGGACGAGUUCAAGCUUGCCUUACAGAAUUUGCGAUCGUUCAUGGAGACGAGCAAAUCGGAGGAUAAGAAGUUCAUAGAACCGGACAUAUCCGACGACGAAGGCGAGAUCAUGCCAAUAAGACGCAGCUCGUACUUGUCAGACGACGAUGAUCCGCCGACUAAAAAGAUACGCAUAUCCAGCGAGAAUUUGGACUACGAUAAGGCAAGUCCGGAUUCGAUUUUGGAAUUCGAAGUCAAGUCCAAGGAGCCGAAAACUUUAAAUUUAUCUAAAGGUUUUCAAAUCUAAUGUGUUUGGAGCAUGCAGACACGGCUGGCGAAGAGGUCGCCGAUUUAUUGUUUUGGACAUCAUAAAAUGAUGUUUUGUUUCAAAUUUUAUUAUAUUGUUGCACUAUGUUCGGUGUAUAUUUUAUAUUUAUGUAUAUAGAAAUUUUCUUUUUAGUGAUCUUUCCACUUACAUUUUAAGAUAAAUCUUAAUUACUCACGAUGUAAAUACGCACCCUUAGUCUAUAAUUUCGUUUUGUUUCCUCUAUGUUCUUUCAUUCUCUCGGUUACUUACAUAAUUAUAUACAUAUGUAAUAGAUAGAGUAACUGUUCCAUAUAUGAUAUAUGAUGCAUUCUAGAAGAAACUACGAUAUAAAUAUAUAGAUUAUAAAUGUAAUAAGAUAGGUUUAAUUGGUGCGAUUUUAAUUUGUGCUUUUCUGUGAAUUUUUAAAGACUGGAGAGUAGACGCAAUUUCACUUUUAUUUGUGCAAUGGAUUAUUAUUUUUUAUGAAUAAAUUUAUUUAAAAAUUAUGAAAAAUUACAGAUUAUACUAAUAAAAAUAUAUAAUAAAUGUUACACAAGCCACGAAAACUGCGUUCUUAGAUUGCCCACAAUCACAGAGCGUACACGCUUUAUCACGUUACGCUGCAACGAUUGUAUAUGUAACUAAAUUAUCUAAUCGCAAUUAGUACUAUCUGCUUAUAUUUCAACAGAUAUUGAGAAUAUUCUACAGCAUGUUACAGUUAAACGCAUAUAUAUAUAUAUAUUUAUGUUAUGUCAUCCAUUACAAUAAUCAAUGCAAAUUACUUGUAAAUGAACAUAUAAUAAAGAAUACCUGGGAUAAUAAAUAGUAUGGGUUAUAACAGUGAUUCU